AUGCUUCAGCUAGAGGAGUUGUUAGAUGAAGAGCUAUCCUGUAUUCAUCAUGAUGAAAUUUUAAGUGGCUUCCAUGAUUUCUUGGCCAAACCACAUUGUGAUGAGAACUUAUGGUUCAUCAAAGCCACAAAUCCAUUCAUGAACCCGAACUCAAAACUCUCGUUUACACAUUGGAAUGACGUUUAUCGUCGUUUCAUCCAAGAAGACGCACCAAAAGAAUGUAACUUCCCAGAAUCAAUAAGGAUCUGUUUCGAUGAAGCCUUCCGUAAACACGGCCUACCAACUCACGAAACUAUAGAACAAGCAAGGCUACACAUUGUAAACUUACUACAAGAUGCAUACAGUAAAUUUCAAAGAAACUCUGAUAUACCGGAUAAUAUCAAGUACACCGACUGCUACUGCCAUAAGGACGGUACUCUUUAUCACCAUUCUGACACAGAUAAAGACCAAAAUACCUCUCACUCUCACACCACUGUGCUGACACAAGAAAAUAUAGACUUGGUAAGUCCAAUCCUGGAUAAGCUUAGCGAGUUCGCGUUGGAGGAAGAAGAUGAACUAGAAGAAGGUGACGACGAGGCAAGCGUCGGGGAACGUUUGGAGUAUCAAAAGGCUAAAUCUACUGCCACAUUCAGAUCACGGACACGAUCUACUCCACCACUAGUAUCAACACCUCUGAGACCAAACACUCCACCUUCCCCCUCGGCUGAAUCCACAUCAUCUACCCAAAAAUCUUUUGGUAGCUCUCGAACUCCACAAGAGAAAAUACAGCACGUCUUACCUCCUUCCCUAACGCCAUCUCUUCCCUCAGCUCAAAGGCUGAAAAAAUCUCAUAGAUAUUCCAUCUCGUCCUCCUCGAAGGGAUCAACGGCCUCAUCGUCUUCAUCAGUGUCGUCUCAAUCACCGACAGUUAAUAGCUCAUCACAAAAGUUCUCGAAAUUGGUACACAGACUAAAAUUCGGCAGAAGUAGUAGCAGCAGUGGUGGCCAAAGUGGUCCUCAAUCAUGGCAAUCCUAA